UUGUACUGGUGUUAUCACUGAAAUAUAUAUUAUGUGACUGUGCCAGUGUGCGCGCUGUGCAUUAUACACUAACUUUGUACAGUUCACUUGUGUUUACUUGUCUGUUUUAUAUAGUAACAAUAACGUAUAACUUGGAAAAAUGGUGAAUGUACCCAAACAGAGACGUACUUACUGCAAGAAAUGCAAGGUCCAUAAGGUACACAAGGUGACCCAAUACAAAAAGUCCAAGGAACGUCAAGCAUCGCAGGGUCGUCGUCGUUACGACCGGAAACAAAGUGGAUUUGGUGGUCAGACCAAGCCUAUUUUCAGGAAGAAGGCAAAAACUACCAAAAAAAUCGUACUCAGGAUGGAAUGUUCAGAGUGCAAAUAUCGUAAACAGAUUCCAUUGAAACGGUGCAAACAUUUUGAAUUGGGUGGUGACAAAAAGCGUAAGGGACAAAUGAUCCAAUUUUAAGUUCUUAUCUUUUUAUGUUACUAUUAUAUAUAAGAUUAAGACAAAAUAAACUGACUCGUUCUGAAAA